AUGUCAUCAGGUCUGACGAGACGCCGUGGAGGAGGCGGUGGGGGAGCAUCACAGGAAGGCGAGGGCAGCAACGGCAUGAGUCGAAAUACCUCGACUUCUAACGUGCGCGACAACGGGCCCGAGACAAGCUACGAGUCAGGCGAGAAUGGCCACAAGAUCGCCUUUGAUCCCCGUGACAUUAACGAGACCGCCGAGCGGAACAAACAGCCCAAGCUCACCUUAAUGGAGGAGGUGAUAUUGUUGGGAAUCAAGGACAAACAGGGCUAUCUGUCAUUCUGGAACGACAACAUUAGCUAUGCGCUCCGUGGUUGCAUCGUCCUCGAAUUGGCCUUCCGCGGCCGUAUCAGCAUGCAGAAAGAUCCCUCCAGACGACGAUUCCCAUUAGCAGACCGCGUAAUCGAGGUCGUCGACGACACAUUGACCGGCGAGGUACUGUUGGACGAGGCGCUGAAAAUGAUGAAAGCGAGCGAGAAGAUGAGCGUUAGCUCGUGGAUUGAUCUAAUGAGCGGCGAGACUUGGAACUUGAUGAAGAUUGGCUACCAGCUCAAACAAGUACGGGAGCGGCUCUGCAAGGGCCUGGUCGACAAGGGUAUCCUGCGCACCGAGAAGCGCAACUUCCUUCUGUUCGACAUGGCCACGCAUCCGGUCGCCGACGGCGGCGCCAAGGAAGAAAUCCGCCGGCGCGUUAGAAACGUGCUGACACAACGCACCGUUGUGCUCCCAGCCUCGCAGUUUCUACCCGAGAAUCUCGAGUUCCGCUACACACGUACCAUCGCCAUGGUCUGCGCCGCCUACGCGGCUAAUGUCCUCGAAAAUGCGCUCAGCACGCUUGGCCACGAGGCGAGGGAGCGCGCCUUCACCCAGACGGACGAGCUGUUGGCCGAGUACAGCCAGUGGCCGUUUGGGAAGAAGGCCAGCUCUCAGGGCAUUGGAGCUAAUAUGCCCCAGGUCAUUGCAGAGGAAGUCGCCAAAGCCAAGGAUAAGGACCUGCAGCUCGAAGUUGUCGCUGCCUGCUUGAGCGUCUUCACCCGCCUCGACUCGCUUCUCUGA